AUGGUUUGCCUACAGGAAACUAAGCUGUCUAAAGCUGAGGGUGAACACUUUUUGACUUACUGCAAAGGAUGGAAGGGUUUGUUUGUGCAAGCAAUGGGCUCGGAUGGAGGUAUUGGCAUCUUAUGGAGGGAAUGUGAAUUCUCAGUCUCCUUAGUCGAGAAUCACCAGAAUUGGUUGGCUGUGAAGGCAUUUAGCAUGUCCUUGAAUGUGCACUUCAUUGGGAUUUGCAUCUAUGGGCCUACUAAAACCAAAGAGAAACAAAGAAUUUGGGGCCAAAUUACUGACUUCUUAAAUCUUCAGAAGCAGGGGAUGUUGAUCCUUGGAGGAGAUUUCAAUUCAAUUUUGGAUGUGGCUAAGAAGUUGGGAGGCAACAAUUGCACUACUCAAGGAAUGGUGGAUUUUAGAAACUUCAUUCAGAAUUCAGGACUUAUGGAUAUCUACAUUGAAAAUGGCAUUUACACAUGGACCAACCGAAGAAGAGAUUUUCUGAACAUCUCUGAAAGAUUGGAUAGGUUUCCGAUUUCCCCAGUAUGGAUACAAGACGACUUCUCUGUCAGGGCAAAAUUUUUGCCAUGUUCCAUCUCUAAUCAUUUUCCAAUCGAAUUGCAUAUUGAUGGGCAUUUUCACAACAUUAAGACAUGCUUUAAAUUUGAGAGUAUGUGGUGGAAAGACCACAACUUAAUAUCACAACUGGAAUUAUGGUGGCGGGAGGCAAAAUUUGGGGGCUCAAUUAGCUUUCAAAUUCACAAAAAAUUACAGUAUAUCAAAUUGAAGCUUAAGGAUUGGAAUAGAAAUGUAUUCAGAAAUAUUUUUUACAGAAAAUAUUUUAAAUGUACAAGAGCUCAAGGCGCUUAA